AUUUCCCCUACCAGAUCGUAGCAUCGAUAUCUGGCCGAACGCACCCACCCCCGCUCGAACGGUUUCCAACGUUCCCCUACCCCCACGUUGAGUAUGACUAAGCCUCAUCUCGUGCUGGUGCCCGGGGCGCUACACACCCCAGCAUGCAUGGUCCCGUUGAUGAAGAAGCUGCAAGCCCUGGGUUACACAAUGCAUUGCCAGCAAAUGGCAUCGGUCGGUAAUCCCAGCCCGCCUAGCGACCUCAGCGAAGACAUUGGGAUUCUUCGGCGCACAGUGGAAGAAGCCAUUGGGCAAGGCAACGAUGUCAUUGUUGCCCCUCAUAGUUGGGGCGGCGUGGUAACGGGCACUGGGCUCAAGGGCCUGAGCAAGGGAGAGCGCGAGACCCAGGGCCUCAAAGGCGGCGUCAUCAGAAUAGCGUUCAUGGCGAGUUUUGUCCUACCCGAGGGUGUCAGUCUGCUGCAAAAGACGCACAAUGUUCCUUCGCCCACCUUUGUCCCUGCUGGUCCAAAUCUCACCUGCACAACACCCGAGCUUUUUUACAACGAUCUUUCCGAAGAGGAGCAAAAGUAUUGGGCUACGUUUCUGAGGACCCAGGGCAUCGCUUCAUUCACCACGCCGGCGACGUAUGCGGCAUGGAGGCACAUUCCGAGUAGCUAUCUGCUUUGCCAGGACGAUUUGGCGCUGCCACCGGCCUUGCAGGAGGAGAUGGUCAAGGCAGCAGAAGAGGCGGGCGCAAUCAUGCAUGUUACGAGGAUCAAGAGUGGGCAUAGUCCUUUUUUGAGCAGGGUGGACGAGACGGCCGAGUGGAUUCAGCGUGUUGCGGGAGAGAUGCUGGCGUAGUGGCACGAGGAAAACAAAUACGUGGACAACAGAAAGAGAGCAAGUGGAAAGACACAAAUUCGAGCGGUGAAGCGCUUGAAUCAGCUUGUCGACCUACAGCGAAGUGAGAUGCAGACAACGAAUGCAGCGCUAGGGAUGGAAUUGAUGCGGAAAAUGCAGUAGAGCAAUUGAAUAAAAAACAUGUACUUUUUUGCUCACUUUGAGCAUUGAACUGCUGGCAUUCGGGU